AUGCGGUUCUACAGCUCUAUGCGCCUGAGCUUGGUCAAGGUUCAGGAGGACAGCAUCUUCGGGCCCAAGUGGCAGCAGCAACCAACGGACAGGCCGCCCAUUUACAACAGGCCGCCGAUGCAUGACAAGACGUUGGUACCACUCGUCCGGCGCGUCAUCGGCGACAAUCUGGGCACAGGGUCAAAGGAAGCCGUCAUGACUUUGGUCAACGACUAUGGCGUCUCCUCCGAGAUGAGCGAAGACUGGUUCUACGUCACAAAUACCGAGUCGGAGCAUUGCGGCCAGGAAUCAACAGAGGACGUUGACGAGCUUAACCGUCCAUCCGACACAUUCGACAAUCGACACUUUGAUUGA